UCUGAAUUGACUUAUGGAGAUUCUUCCGGGUAUAUCUGGUCCUCAAGAAUUAUGCCAGUCACCUCUGGCGAGUUUAUUUGUAGAGAGGAUUCCCCCAUAGAAAAAUCUCUAGUACCCCUUCCAUAUCAGGUGGAAGAAAGACAUUAGGCUCCCAUCACCAAACUUUGAAGAAUCUCUACAUAUCGACCAACCUUAGCUGACCAGUCUAGAAUAUCUGAUCUCUUCUAUCGUGUAACCACAAGGAUCAGCAACAUGGCGAUCUCCCAUGACCCGCCCAGCGUCCUGAUCGGUCCAGGCGAUUUUCACACUGGCCCCUACUAUAUCAUCAUCAGCGGAUUACCGGAACGGACGAGCUGGCAAGAUGUGAAAGACUUCAUAAAGAGCCAAAUCCCAUGGAAACUCGACCUCUACGUUAGCAUCUUCGGAAAACGUCAGGAUUCAGGUUGGGUCCGUGUUGUGGGAUUCAAGGCGUUCAAUCAUGUGAGGAGAGUUUUGGGAGAGUCACUUUUUCGAGGCCGAGAGAUACUCGCCCACAACCCCGGUUACGACGAGACUGGAACUGGCCUCGUCCUAGUCAGAGCUCCCUUCUUCAAAGAUCGAGGCCUCUUCAUCAACCCAGAAGCGUUGGCUGAUCCUGAUACUACCGGCUCGAUUGUUCAAGCAGCAGAGGAGUAUAUCACCGCGACCACCCCGAUAGCAUCAAAUGCGUCCUCCGAGCAAUCCUAUCCAGAAACUUGCGCGACCUCACAACAAGCACAAGCACAAGCACAAGCCCAAGCCCAAGCACAAUUACCAAACCUCUUCCCCCCCACACCCCCCAACACUCCCAAAGCCUCCCGCUCAAUCUCCGAGCCCUCCCUCUCGGGAUUUCGGAAAGUUGCAAUCACGUGGCGAGAAGACUCUAUUAGUAACGCCACCCGUAAAUCAAAUACUCAUCCCGCUUCCGCAUUGUCUCUCUCCCCAAACACCCAAGAAAAAAUGGGUUCCCAGAUCAAGUCCGAGCUCGCCCCUCUUCUAGCCCGCGGCGGCAGCGGUCCUAUGCAUCCUCUCGAAACACUCGAAUGUUUCCCUGGUAUCGCUUUGGCAACGUUUAGUUCGCAUGAGCUUGCCAGGCGGGCGAUCAAGGUGUUGAGACAAUCGGAACGGUUGAAUGCGAGGCCGGUGGUGGAUGAGGUGUCGUCACGGGAGGAGGUGCAGGCGACGUCGCAGGGACAGAAGGCGGCGGCGACAGCGGGGAAGAAGAAGGUGGGUAAGAGGAGGGCUGGGGCUGGUAGGACUGCGUCUGCUCCUGCCGCGGUAGAGGGAGAAUCUGGGGCUGGAGCUGGGGUUGGGUGUGAUAUGGGUGAUGGGUUUCAGCAAACAACACAGGGGAAAGAUAAGGAGACUACGCCGUUGACCUCGGCGAAGAGGACUUCGACCACAACCUCAACCGCUGCUCGCAAGACUCCAGCCGUGCUUAUCGUCAACGGUAGCUGGAAGAUUUAGAACCCUAAACCCCAUACGACUAUCAUAUGGGCUUCGACACAAAGAGGAGGUUUAUUACGAGCUAACUGAAAUACAAGGAGAAUGGACACAUUGAUGGUCAGCAGUUGGCUCACAGCAGAUGGAUAUGGGAGUUUCACAUGAGAGCAGAAGAACAAGAAUGCAUACCUGGAUGAACUGUUGAUGAGCAUAAUGAGGCUACGAGGCUACGAUUAGGUGCACACAAGACGGAGUUUGGAUCGGUAUACAACAAGUUUAUUAUUUAUGUACAGCCAGUAGACUGUUUAAUCCCUUUCUUCUCUUUCAUUCCCUGUUUUCUUCUUGGGCUACAGCAGGCACAUGAAAUAGGUACAUGCAAAACGGUUGAUUGUCUUGUGAGAAUAAGA